GUCAAUUUGUCACCCACUUUCGUUCGCAGAGAGGGAAGUGAAUUGAAUGACAGCGGCCACAUCUCCACAACGUCUUGUAUGGGCAGUACAACGACUGCAUACUGCUGUAUUAGGCACAGUACAGUACUGUACGAACGUUGCCUUUGGAUUUAGAUCGUAGAUACUUUCUGGGCUUAACAGAGAAUGCUUCUGUUAUCGUGUCUCCACAAUCUCGCACCUUGCAUCACCCAACAACAAUGCUACGAGCUAAGGAAUUCUGUGAGCGUUUCGGUCUGAAGCGACCGAUCUUACUUGCCCCGAUGGCGGGUGCUUGCCCGGCUUCACUCUCUAUAGCAGUGGCCAACGACGGAGGGAUGGGCGCCGCCGGCGUGCUUAUGAUGACUUCAUCCCAGAUCGACGCGUGGGUCAAAGAGUUUCGACAAAGUAGCGACGGAAAGUUCCAGCUGAACAACUGGAUUCCGGCUGCACCUGUGAAAAGAAAUCCCGAGGAGGAAGCCAAGGUCCGUACCUUUCUUGAGUCUUGGGGCCCUCCUGUACCCGCGGAAGCCGGCAACACCACACUACCCAACUUCAAGGAACAGUGCGAAGCUAUGUUACGGGCGAAACCGGCUGCCAUCUCGUCCAUCAUGGGGCUUUAUUCGGCGGAUUUCGUUCAGCUAAUGAAGAAAGAAGGCAUCUCUUGGUUUGCCACCGUCACCACGGUGGAGGAAGCCAAGCUGGCGGAGGCAGCAGGUGCAGAUGUCAUAUUAGCCCAAGGCUUCGAAGCAGGUGGCCAUCGCGGAAGCUUCCACCCAGGAGACGCAGAGUCGCGUGCGGUGGGUCUGAUCUCGCUCGUCCCAAGUAUCGUCGACGCCGUUCGUAUUCCGGUUGUCGCUGCUGGGGGAAUCGCAGAUCCUCGGCAGAUCGCUGCUGCAUUGCUGCUCGGAGCAAGCGCAGUCCAAAUUGGAACCGGAUUCCUCCGUACUCCUGAAGCAAAGACGCCUCAAGUCUAUACCGAUGCGAUAGGCAAGACGGCGCCAGAGAAUACCAGAGUGACUCGAGCUUUCAGUGGACGCGCCGGGCGAAGUAUCGCAACUGAUUUUGUCCGCGCCGCGUCCGCACCUGAUGCCCCUUCGCCCGCGCCGUAUCCAGUGCAAAGGGGUUUGACGGCCCCAAUGAAAGCACUUGGGCAGAAAAUCGGUGAUAUACAUCGAAUGCAGGCAUGGGCUGGGCAGUCCGCCGCGCUGGCGGAGGCAGCUCCUGCGGGCGAAGUCUUGACGCGACUCUGGGAUGCCACGCGAAAAAUAUUGCAAGAUGGGUCGAAGCUUUGAGAUCAGUUGUCGGUUUCCUUAUCGAUCCUACGUCCGUCUCAAGGCGGCUAAUCAACGGGCGAGGGCAAGGCGUAACGGGCGAGGGCAAGGCGUACGGUGGGAGGACAUGGCCUUCCAGUUUAAUGCACUUUUCCUCAAGUGUAAUGGGACUGGUGGUAGCCGCUGCGCAGUGGUCUGAAAGUGGAUAUGUGAGCGUCCCUGCAUGUAUCAUAUGUCCGACGACCCACAGCUUGUGGUAGCCACUCUCAUGAUGUCUCUACACUUUUGGAAAUGAUCCACAAGCGCUUUUGUCUUGAAGUCUUUCCAUCCCCGACAGUCCAUAUACCAACAUCUCCAAAAAAGAAUAUUUUGUGUAUACAUGAAGCCAUGCA